AGAUUCUUUGAGGAUAUCGGCUACUCGAUUGGUUAUGACAUAGUCCUGAUUGCCAAAAAUGCUUUCGAUUACCUCAAUGAGCCUGCUGGCGUGGAUAAUGUUUACUGCUUUCAUGGAACCGGAGUUCCGACAGUGCAGAAAGCUGACUACAAAACGGCCUCUUCUGGAAGCCGAUCCCUUCCUGAUCAGUGGCCUCGAUUCGUGUACGGCGAUGGAGAUGGAACUGUUGAUCUACGCAGCUUUAGCCGGAUUGUACGACGGAUGACCUGGAGUCACUUGAGGUGUUUUGGCCGUACGAAGACCUGA